AUGAGCGAAAUUUGUAAAAAUAAUCAUCUCUUCACCGACUCUUCGUCAUCUUCACUCUUCAAAUGUACUCACUCUCAUCCAUAUCUGUUUAACAACUCUCGCGUAUCUUUCUUGAUCAUUCGUCUCUCUGCUUUUUCAUCUUCUUCAGCUAAUGAAGGAGUUGUGUUUGGUAUUUUCUUAGGUGUAUCAUUUCCUACACUUCCAUUAUCCAAGGUGAAGUUACCUUCUAAUCUUUUGGGGUUAAUUGAUCUCACUUACAUUGAGGACAAGUAUUCAGGCUUCUCAACCGAAUAUCCAUUAAAUGUAUUGUCUAUCUUAGGAGCCACAAAGGUCGUUCACAAAGGCAUUCUGACACAAAGGUUGAUCUUAUUUCUGAUUAUGAUGUAUUGGCUUUGGACUCUGUAUCAGGUUUACACUUUGAAUAUUCCUAUUUAUCCGUUGCUGCUCCACACUAUAAAGAAGACUAAAUGGCAUGUAAAUAUGUAAUGUAAACAACACUAACGGUAACCGAACGUACGUUAAUCAUAAAAUAUUUAUAUGUGAAUAAUAUAUGCCAAUCAUAUAAUAUUUAUGUGUAAAUAAUA